AUGUUUUACCAACAUUCAAAUUGCUCUACAACGCUCCCACGAGGCUUCCGUUAUCACGAAGGUCAACCAACGACCCCAGAACCUACAACCGCGAACGAGUUAGAACAACCCUCUCCGCCCAGACCUACUCGUCUCAAGGUCAAGAGGCGCAAUGUAUCGAGCCUACAAGCACCUACGGAACAGUUUCUUGCUUCGGUAGCUGCAGCCGAUCUACCUUUGCCUACAAUUGAAUUGCCAGUAAAUAUAUCGGAGGAUUCAGAUAUGCCCGACCGUAAAGAGGAGGUGAUGGAGACCUCUGGAUUGCUUGCUCCUCAAACCUACAACAGAUUCUCUUCCCCACCAAAAACUCCAGUGCCUUCAUUCCCCAUGGAUGAAGGUCCUCGGCGACCAGAUUGGUCUAUGGGCGCCUCUUCCCCAGACGACUAUUUUACACGACCUACAUCCUCCCUCUCCAAUGCGUCUGACUACUCAGACGAUUCAUUCUACAGCGGUAGCCGAAUAUCACGACCCUCAGAUGAUGGUAGCUGUACGAGCCCGGAUUCAGAUACAGACGAUCCCUUCCGAUUCCCUUCCAUAUCCAAAGGAAAAGGAAAAGCAAUUUAUCUCGAAGAACCAGCCCCGUUCGCUCGAUUGAACGAAAAGCUCCGCAGCAAAACUCGAAAUGAUGCGCCCUGGACGAAGGCGAUGAGUGAACAUCUUUGGUCAACAUAUAUGCUUUACCUACAAGAUCCUACAGUCACGCCUUUCCGUAUUGGUGCUAGCGCUAUACCCCCUGAGGGUGUUUGCCAUCGAGUAGCUAGAGAGGCAAGGAGAAGCUGGAAAGGACCAAAACCGGCUACUCCUGCCUUGCGAAGAUCGGCAAGAUUGGGCAGUAUGCCAUCACUUGCUUCAGAAAAGAGUGGCAGUCUUACUCCCACUGAGAAUCCCAAGGUCUAUGCGCAAUGGCCGCAUUCAAGCAGCGCGACCCGAAACCACCUCCGUGAGCUAUGCAAGAGCAAGAACACCAGUCUAGUCCAGCGACACCUACAUCUACAAUCUCGAAGUCCAACUCCCUUCACUCAUGCAAAGCCGAUUGAACGUUCUCGCUUGCGAACCCCUGAGCCUCAACUUUCAUCCUUUAACACCAAAGACAUUGCACUGUCCCUGACUACCAGCACUUCUAAGAGCAUGCAGCCAGAUGGACCGCUUGCUCUUCUCGCUUCGGAAGGCUCUCCGAGCACCAUGACCCCCGACUCGAGCCUUCCUACAGCUGACUUUAUGCCAAAAGGCUUCGGGAAAUCCCGGGGCUUAACCGUCGGCAGGUCUGAACAUGAGAAUAAUGGUCGCCGGUUGGCAUCGCCCUUCUUAGCUCGUACUUAUGGUCCCAGUUCUUCCCAAUCUCCAUCUACCUCUCGUCCCUCGCCUACUCGAACCCAGUCUGAUAACGCUGGUCCGCCACAACUCCGCUCGCCACUCAGAUUCGAUCAGCCUCGCUCCUUGACCGGGACACAAAAGAGACGUGCUCAGCAUGCGCUCGAAGAGGAAUUAAGUCCCAACGGGGCUGUUCUUCGUCCCAGUAUCCUCGACGAGCAACUUUUUGGUACUCUCCUAGGUCACCAACGCCGUGUCAGAAGUCGUGGGUUUAGUCUGGGUGAUGAAGCUCUUCGUGCUCCAGGCAUCUUCCAACAUUUGCCUCCAUCAAACGUCGAACUUUCAAUAUCACGCCCCAGAACUAACCCGAAGCUUCUACCUUCGGCAACAUUCGAGCCUCCUCCACGUCUUGGUUCCCCUUUCUCAGAAUCAGGACCGAGCAUGACAUUUCCCAGACGCCUCUUUCAGGAUGGUUACAGUACAAUCAAGCGAAGCGCCUUUGCCACUAUGCAUCAGACCCGGCAUUCUAUCGAAUCUUUUGACUUCGGUGAAGGUCCUAGUCUUCAGAGUCGACUUGAGCAGCUUGAUGUGAAGCUCAAGGAGAUCCGAGAGCGGGAGGCCGCUGCGAGGCGUCGAGGUGCCGAAUAA